UGCUCUUUUUAGGCCCAUCUUCCACUGUGGAGGCCACCUGGUCACAGACUCAGGCAUCGUGGCCAGUGAAGGAUUCCCCAGUGCAUACAAGCCCAACAGUAAAUGCACCUGGUACAUCACUGUUCCAGAGGGUCAUGUUGUCAUGCUGUCUUUUCGCCUCUUCGACAUGGAGGCUGACCCCACCUGUCGGUACGACUACCUGGACGUCUACAACGGCCACACCCGCUUGGUGCAGAAGUUGGGUCGUUUCUGUGGGACGUUCCGGCCCGGCGCGCUCAUCGCCACCUCCAACACCAUGAUGUUAGAGAUGGUGUCAGACGACGACACUGGAGGAAGAGGCUUUCUAGCUUCAUUUAGCGCAGGGAAGCCACAUGUGGAAGAGAACCAAUUCUGUGGAGGACGUCUGACCAAAUCGCAGGGCUCUGUCAAGACGCCCAACUGGCCCAACGAUAAUUACCCAGCAGGCAUCAGCUGCUCCUGGCACAUCUCCGUAGAACCCAGCAAUGUGAUUGAGGUGAAGUUUGUGAAGCUGGACUUGGAGCCUGAUACGUACUGUCGCUACGACUAUGUGGCAUUGUUUAACGGAGGAGAGAGGGAUAACUCGCGUCGGAUUGGGAAAUUCUGCGGAGACAGGUCACCAGGAACAAUAGUGUCAAAGGGGAAUGAGCUCCUUGUCCAGUUCAUCUCCGACCUCAGUGUGACCUCAGAUGGCUUCAUGGCCCACUACUCCAGUGUGCCCCGCGGGUCUCGGACGCCCUCCGCCGGGGGAGACUUCAUCCAUCGACCUCAGACGACCUCAACGCCACAAAGAACAGUUGUGAAGCCAAGCAAACCCACCAGAGCAACCCCCAAACCUAGGCCUGGCCUUCAGUCUAAACCCACACCAAAACCAGCCAAAAAACCACUGGUGAAAAUACCGCUGAAACCUCCACCACGUAAACCUAUCAUCAAGCCCACUGCAAAACCAAAACCAGCUAAACCCACACCUAAAGCGCCUGUGAAAAAGCCUGCACCUAAACCUGGAAUUAAACCCAAACCUAAGAUUAUUAAACCAGUGCUCAAACCAAGCAUCAAGGCCAAACCAACACGUAGGCCUGCACUGAAGAUCAAACCCACCUUAAAACCUGGUGUCAAACCAGUAAAGCCAACCUCUAAGAGCGGCGUCAAACCAACAGCCAAACCCAAGAUUAAGCCGAAAGUGACACCCAAACCUAGAGUUAGCAAGACAGUGACAAAGAAGCCUUUUGUGAGCAAGAAACCUUUACCACUGAACCCACUGUGUACACAAGCCUGUAAGAGGACAGGAACUCUCCAAUCCAGCUUCUGCCCUCAUGACUUUGUGAUAACGGGUAAGGUUACAUCUUUGACCACUGGUCCCAGGGGCUCAGCGACAGUGGAGGUGUUCCUAAUCAAGGCCUAUAAGGCAGGAAGCCUGAACAUCACCAAAUCAGGGCCCAUGAUGUCGGUCACACUGACUUCCACCUGCAAGAGAUGCCCCGGGCUAAUCAAAGGCCGGAACUACGUGAUGAUGGGAAAAGUCGACACACAGGGCAACGGCCUUCUCAGCCCCUCCAGCUUCACUCUCCUAUACAAACCCAUCCACGCCAAAGCACUGGCCAACCUCUCGCGUAAACCGUGCUGACAUCACAGCCCAUCCCGCCAAUCAGAUGGACAGUGUCUCUCUGAAAAAACAUGUAACUUAACAAAGUGUGAAAAUAUUAUAAGUAAUAUCUAGACCUGAUUUUUUUACAUAAUGAAACACUGUUAUUAUAACAGUAAACAUAUAUCAUUAUUAUAUUUUGUGUUUUGUAAAUUAUAAUAUGUCUGUGAUAAAAGAUGCACAUCAAUAAACCAUGUAAUUCUGAUGCUA